GUGUGUCUGAGUGAUUUUGAAACCGGUGAAGAUGUUCGAGCACUGCGCUGUGCUCAUGUCUUUCAUAUAGCUUGCAUCGAUCGCUGGUUGCUGUACAACAAGAAGUGCCCUGUUUGUCGUGUAGAUUUGGACAAACCCGGUCAUGAAUAG